UCUAAAAAGUCAGAUAGUGGUGAAGACCGUCCUAGGCCUAGUGUUAAAUCAUCUAAAAAAAUAAAAAGUAAAGAGUACAUACUUGAUGACAGUGAUACUGAUGAAAAUGAUAAGCCUGAAACCAUAGAAUCGACUAGUUUUAAGCGCAGGACAUAUCGACCUGGGCCUAAAAGUAAGAUGGCAAAAAAGCUUGUAAUAUCUGAUGAUACUGAUUCGGAUGAAAAUAUUGGUGAUGGAAAUAAUACUGAUUCAGAUGAAAGUAUUGGUGAUGGAAAUGAUAUGUCCAACAGUGAAUCUGCUCAUGUUGAGAAACUCAAGCCAAUCCGACCUGGCCCUAAAAGUAAAACAACCAAAAAGCGAGUAGUAAGUAGUGAUGAUACUGAUGAAAGUGGUAAUGAAGAGAGAAACAGAACUGAGCUUGAAGAAUCUGCCAAUAUAUCUGUGUCCAAAAGCCGGAAAAAGCUAAGGGUAGUAUAUGGCAGCUCAGAUGAUGAAGUGGGUGUCACAAAUGAAGACUCUGACAAAAGUAACUUGACUUUGAGGGAAGGAUUAGCAGGUUCAAAUAACCAUAGACAAAAACCUGGUCCAAAAAGCAAAACAAUUAUGAAGAGAAAUCCUAGCUUUGAUCGAACUAAAGAAAACAUAACUGCUAGUGUUGAGGACCCCAAAACAACUCCCGGACCUAGAAGCAGAAUAACCAAGAAACAUGCAACCAAAGUUAAACGGGACAACUAUCCAUUCCUCUGCUUCUUGUGUGACAAAUUUGACCCAGAAGACCUCUCUCAGUUGAUACAACACUUAAGGGAACACAUGGACUAUAAACACUUUGUGUGUAAGGAGUGUGGAACAGCCUUUGUUAACUGGGAGGAUGGACUUCUCCAUCUGGAAGAGCCAGCUUGUAAAAUGUCUUCUAUUGAAUAUACACCAGCGUUUGAUGAAACAACACUUCUUUGGGACACAGUGAAGAAAUCUUACUUUGGUGGACUAAAGAAGGAUGAGGAAGAAGGAGCAAAUGUAGAGGCAAAUGAUGUAGACCACAUUAAAUGUACUAUAUGUGAGAAACAUAUACCUGCUGGACAAGUAGAUGUCCAUUCCUUCAGCCAUUACAACCAGACGCCAUUCCAUUGUGACUUCAACACAAGACGCUGUAAGUUCAAGUCUGACAACCAGGAUGAACUGAAGAGACAUCUGAUGAAAGAACAUGGCCAGUUAGAGAGUGUUUGGUUCAUCCACAUGAGGACCAUAACCAGAGUUCCCUUCAAAGAUCACAAUGCACUAUGGGAAGAUCUUACCCUCUUCAUUGGUCUGGGAUAUAGAGCCUCCAUUGAACAUUUGGUGUAUACCUGCUCUAUCUGCAAAGUGUAUGAGACAGACAAAGAAUACAAACUUCGCACACACUUAGUAGCUCAGCACAUGAACCCAUACAAAUGCCCCUAUUGCUCUAGGAAGUCUGGUCUCUACAGAAUCAUGCUGCCACAUAUCAAAAAAGAUCAUAAAGAGCUGCCAUUCAAGGAACCUGUCCUGGUUGGGAACACAUCUGCCAGAGAGAUCAACAGACUUUGUAUGGUGGCACUAAGAAGGGCCAAAAAUAUUACUCUAAAGGCAGAGAAAAUUGAUACAUCAACUACCAAUACAACAAACACCUUAACAACAGCAAACACCCAGACAAACUCCUCAAGGAAACCCCCUGGUGGGGAUAAUCCAGAGACCAUCCCCAUAGAGCAGAAAUUGAAGUGUACGCUGUGUGGUAUAUUCACCUGUAAAUCUGUGGACGCUUUCCGUUAUCACGUGUGCCGUCAUUUUGGAUACAGUCCCUAUACAUGUAAAAAGUGCCACAAUGUAUUCAGGACACAUGAUAAGGCGAUACUGCAUAUGGCCAGUCAGCACCCAGAUCUCCAGAAGCCAUUAGAUUUCAUACAGUUCCAAAGCAAUCCUAACAUUGAAAGCAAGAUCAAGGCAACCAUAGAUGCAGCAACAGAGAAAUUUAACCAAGAAUCUAAAGAACGAGAAAUGCGUAAACUCGCGUCACCUCCUUCUGCCACUGUACAACGUGUUUCCAACAAGCCGCAGCUGACCUGCCAGAAAUGUGGAGAAUUCAGCACGACUGAAUUGACCAAAUACGCAGCCCAUCAUAGAAC